AGCCCUAAAACCCCAAUGGACACCACCAUCUUCUCCAGGAAGCUGAAGCGGCACAAGGGCGGGAGAGCCGAUCACGGUGGCGCCGAGGGGCGAAGCGUAGAGGGAUCGGACCUGAUCAGCCGCCUCCCGGACUGCAUCAUCUUCUGUAGGAAGCCGAAGCGCAGGAGGGGCGGCGGAGCCGAUCGUGGCGGCGCCGAGGAUUGCAGCGCCAAGGAGGGGCCGGAUCUGAUCAGCCGCCUCCCGGACUGCAUCCUCGGCACCAUCGUCUCCCUCCUGGACACCGAGGAGGGCGCCCGCACAGCCAUCCUCUCCCGCCGCUGGCGCCACAUCUGGCGCUCGGCGGCGCCGCUCAACCUCGACGACUGCCUCCAGGACUUCUACAUGGACUCCCAACGCGCCCAGGUCAUCUCCCACAUCCUCGCUACUCACCGUGGUCCCGCUCGGCGCCUCGCCUUGAGAUUCCACGGAACUCCCCGCGCUCUCAGUCACUACGACGAUUGGUUCCCCCUUCCGAUAUUCGACGGGCUGCAGGAACUGGUCCUCCGCUUCCCUCUCGCCGUCGACCACCCCAAAAUGUCCGCCUCUGCGCUGCGCUUCGCCUCGCUCCGCGUGCUGGAUAUCUAUAACUGUACCUUCCCGGUGAGCGGCACCGCGCCCUCCUUCCCCUGCCUGGCCUACCUCUCUCUCCGUCAGGUAGGCAUCACCGAGGAGUUCCUCCAAGGCAUGAUCUCUAAUAGCCCUGGGAUUGAUGCUAUGGUGCUGGACACUAAUUUUGGCCACCGCCGGCUGUGCCUCUCCAUGCCGAGGCUGAGGUACCUGACCGUGUCGGUCAGGUGCUUUGAUAGGAGGGAGGAGGUUGAGCUGGAUGAUCUCGUCAUCCAGGAUGCUUCAAGCCUGGAACGGCUAUUGCUGCAUGAGGCGAAUUAUGGUCCAUCUGUGAGGAUCACUGGGGCGACAAAACUCAAGAUGCUAGGAUACCUUGGAACUGGCUUUCCCAUUAUUCAGCUUGGCGAUUCAAUCUUCAAGGGCAUGGUUCCUGUCAGCUUGGUGGAGCAGUUCUCCACUGUGACAAUAUUAGCAUUAGAGAUGCCUGAACCGAAGUUGACGGUUGUUCUCGACUACUUAAGAUGUUUUCCUUGCCUGGAGAAGCUCAACAUCAAGUUUAAUGUGAACAUAUGGACGAGUUUGGAGCCUGGUCUGCCCAAUGAUCCAUUUGCUCCUAUCAAGUGCCUUGACCACAGCCUGGAGACCAUUUUGCUGCAAUCAUAUGAUGGACUGAAGACACAUGUUGAAUUCACCAAGUUUUUCGUCAAGAGAGCAAAGGUCCUUAGGGUCAUGAAGUUCUGUUGCAGAAGAUUGUGUACAACAAGAUGGAUUCAAAACCAGCAUAGGCGGCUCAAUUUGGAGAGAAGAGCUUCAAGGCGUGCUCGGUUUGCUUUUGUAAGUCAGUGCGACUUGCCCCUAACUUUUUGGUUGGAUGAGGGCUUCUCUAGAGAUGAUCCCUUCAUAGAAACCAUUGGAUGAGGGCUUCCAAUGGAAAGCAAUGAUUGGCGAGUUCUCCAUUCCAUUACAUGAAGCAGUGAGGAUUCUGGAAUGCAGAGCAUGAAAUCACCAUGAAGAUGAUGUUUAAAAUCUUUAUUUAUGUAGUCAUGCAGUUCUAAGAUGGGUUGAUUUAAGUUGUGUUAGGCCGUUAAAUCUAUUUAUGCAGUGUGGGUGUGUAUGGACGUGAGUGUGGUGUGCGUGUGGUAACUGUGUUCGUUUCUGGGAUGUUUUGUACUUGGUACAUGUGCUUUUAUUAUCAUUUGUUAGACCCUGGCUCCAUACAUCCUGUAAUCUCCUGUUACGAGGCAUGAUCAGGGGCCAUUUGGUUCCCUUCUGGAAUUGUUCUAAAAGAGAAUCUUGCAUGCACGGAGUA